GCCCCGCGUCUUCCCCUCCACACGACAUGUCAUUACAGCGCCGUGAGACACCACCGCUUGGACAUCUCUUCAACACGCAACAAACACCCACACCACAUCCCUGCCACGGCCACCUUGUCCCCUUCGUACAUUUCUUCCAUCGCGCAAGCAUGAUCGGAGCAUAACUGUUUGCGACGAGUCACACAUCGCGGCGUGAGUGGACCGAGAUUACUAGGUCCACCGUACCGCACCUCGCUUGCAAUCCUGCAGUAGUCCCGCCAAGGGAGCCACCGCAUACGCCGCUGCGGAUGGAGCGUCAACGUCCCUCCAUGGCCGCGACGAGCGGGUCGAAACGCAAACGUCAGCUAGACAACACCGCAAGCUUCGACUAUGCAGACAGCGAUGCCGAGUUCGACGUGUACGCCGAGAGCACAUCGAACAAACGCACUCGAUCCCAGGCGCCUGCCAGUGACGUGUCUGCUUCCGAGGACAACACUUUCACUCAGCCGCGCUCGAUACGGCGCAAGAAAGGCUCGCAGAACCUCUCGAACCUCAACCUGCGCCACGCCGCCAAGAUCCAGACGCCUUCAAGUGGCACCCUCCGAGGUUCGAAGUUUCAGGAAGGGAGCUUGACGGACAAGCCGAGCGAUAAACCCCCCACCUUCUUCACUCGCUUCUCCCGCACAGAGAGCCGUGCUUCUGCCAAGGUCGACACGCUGAUGGACGACUACCACAUGGGUGUUGAGUCUCAGGACCUUAGGGAGAGCCUCUUCUCUCCUACCCCUCAUGAAACAGGGCUUGCUGGUCAGAAGAAGGAUGACGGAAAGCGAUUCUUCCAGUUUGGUCGCCAGCUCGCCAAUCUCCAUCCAGUGUCCUUGUGGAAGUCCAUCUGGAAUGACACCAAAGAAGAGUUGGUGAAGGAGAAGAUGGAGGAAGAGGAGCGCAAAGCAAGAUUGAAAGCAGAGGCGGAAGCGAAAUACGCAGAGAUGAAAGAAGCCGGACAAUUCGCCGUGCAGCGCAGCGACAACUCCGUCGACCAAGCUCAGGUCUUCGAACUCGAAGCAUGCACGCCUAAGGACUCUGGCGUUGUGUUGAAUAAUAUCGACGUCUCGGCAGACCAAGAACGCAUCACCUCGGCCGUCACCGUACUCAGACACCCCAUGGAGGAUCCAGCGCCGUCGAACACCAGCAGAUUCUCGCGAGGCCUGAAAGAUCGUUUCCAUCUUAAGAAGCCCUCUCUUUCCAACCUGAAGCACGACCUCAGACGUAUGAGAUCCGACCUCGCCCUCGCCGGCCCGCGCGAUCCUUCGUCUUCAGUGUCGCCAAUCAAACAAGACAUGGACAGUUCGACACUCAGGAAAGCCGCGUCGAGGGCUGAUCUUAGGAAGCAGCACAAACUCUCGAAGCGCGUCAGCGAUCUUGAAUUCAAACUGGAGGCCGCCCGGAUGGAGCUGCACGAGGCUUUGGAGGAAGCUUCCCCCAUGCCGAAGCUUGCGGGAAAGCACGAGAGGUUCACGCCCGGCACUAUCAAGCGACCGAAGUUCUUUCCUGGCAAGCUGCCCAGUCUCCCUAGUGAGAGGAUUUUGAUGGCUCAGCAGGACAUUGAAGUGAAGGAUGACGGUGAUCCUAUGCCAUCGGCAUAUGAUGCUGAAGUGAGGAAGGCUACGGACCAUUCUCUGAAGCAAUUCUUACUUGAGCAGAGCAAGGCAGGUGAGGACGAAGACACGAUCAGGGCUUCACAUGCUCGCGAAUAUCCACCACGUGCCGCAAGCUUGUUCAAUCUUGAGAACGACAACAUCGAGAACCAAACUCCUCGAGAUCCGAGCCAAGUACAAGAACCAGCCACUGCAACUGAGCUCGAGUCAAACGUGAACAUGAGUGAAGCAGACGACAACAUGGAGCAGAAAGCGAUCACGAACGGCGAUAACAUGGAUCUGAAUACCACGACGACAAACGACAACGCAGCCCCGACUGAAACGACCAAGACGAUCGACUACGCAGCUCUGGACGCCAAACUCAAGGCCCUCGAUGCAAAUGUGAAGACUGCCCGCAAGAUCGCCCAACCCAAGAAGCGCAAGACGGCCGAAAAGGACACCGUCUUCAAGCCAGCAGCAGGGUUCGAAUCUGACGACGAGGACGAGUGGGAGAAGUCGACGCCGAAGAAGAAACGCAAGUCAACCGGCAAAAGUGAACUCAGCCCGCCCAACAAGCGCGCUGCUCGUGGCAGCGUCGUCGGCAAUCAAGGCUCUCCGCCCAACAAGAAACGUGAAGCUGGGCCAAUGAAGGGGAAUCCAGCGAAAUCUCCUCCCUCGAGCAAGCUUGCCUCCAAGUUCAGCGAUGACGAGGCCGAUUCGGACUACGAGAAUGGGAUGAACGCCGUCCAGGCCGAAGAUGCAAUGCCUGAAGAUGAAGUCGCGCAGCGCAACAGCACCGACUCGCAAGCCGGCCUUCUCGACCCCGUCUACGAAGAGGAGGAAGAGACUCCCGCCAUUCCCGUCGUCGUCAACACCAACAACGAGCCUUCUGACGCAACCACCAAAAAUACCGCCAACAUCGGCACAGACGCCACCAUCUCAGACCAGGACAUGAUCACCCGCGCAGCCCUCGCGGCAAAGCAGCAUCCAGGCCGUCAAAACAAGCGUAGCACCAGCCCACUACCCCCGGCUGCAACUUCCAACACGACGGCCGUCAACACCGCCAGCAUUGUCGAAAAGGAAGUGGUCAAGGUCGUGCCUGGCGCCAAUGGCGUGCCUGACUUGCCCAAGCCCAGCGUUCCUGCAGGCCUCGAGAGUCUGGAUGAGGUGGAGAAGGCGAAAGUCGCCGGGGUGGAGCGUGCCCGUGCUGGCGUUGUUGUGGGCAAGGACGAGAAGUUCGAGUGGCCUGACGAUGUGUUUUGAGCUCUCCGAUGGCGGACGAACGACGAAACACCUGGGUGACGAGGAGAGGAGCGAGCUCCUCACGAACAACACAAUGAAAUUGCGAAAAGGAGGGAGGAGUGAUCUUGAGUUUUGUUUCUUUUCGUUUCCUUGCAUGAUUAACAAGCGGCAUCUUCAGGACACAGCGAGCGGGCACAUGCAGCAUUUUCUAAUUACUUCUGGCAUUUGGGUUAGCGAGCGAGCAUAGCCAGCGAGAGCACAGUCUUGGGGGUCUUUCCUUUCCUUUGAGGUUUUCUGGGAUGCAUUCUGGGGACGUGAAGGGAGGGAGAAAUAAUCCUUGACUGCUUGAGAAGAGGAGAGAGAGAGAGGGAGCGAGUAUGUAGUAGUGGACAGAGGUCAAAAUAUGCAUAUAACCGUGAGAUGA